GGCUCGAACCACGGCUCCUCGUCCGCAAGUCUCCCUUCGAGCGAUGUCAGACCAUCUGUCAUGUGUGCGAGUAUACCUGCCGCGUCGUCGUCAGCGGCGCUUGAGAACGUCAGCUUCACCUCUUCUCGCUUAGGACCGACGCUAGUAGACGUCGGCGGCUGUUGCGCUGGACAGGCAGAGACACAGGCAGGUCAGCUCAACAUAUUCUGGUCACACGAGCUGCUCAUGUUCCCAGAGAUCGCCGGUCGCACAAAAUUAUGCCCUUCUCUCCCUCGUGUCUAUCCCGACUCCUCCGCUCCGACGCGUCUAUUGGCAAGAAGAAGCGCCGAGGUAUAGUUGACGGGGGACAUCCGACAUCUCGUUUCGCGAUGUCUUCGGAACUUCGAGACGCCUUUGCUACUUUGGGUAGUGCCUUUGUGGGUGCGCGAUGUUUGUUCUCACGAUUUUACACUCCGGAGAGGAUGGUGGCGUUCACGACUGUCUUGUUUGCGCUUCGAAUGUUCAUUCCAUGCGUCUGCCUCGUCCUGCGAAAGAGGAAACUAGGGACGCGGUGACAGUCCUCAUAUUGUCACGAUUGACGCCGGGCGGGAGUAGAUACGAUGAUGCUGCGUGCUCGCAAUGACCCGCCUUCAUGACCGCGCAGGCACGUAUACUCUGCCUCCGGUAUGAUGUCCCCCAAUUCAGUGCUGUAUGAAGUUCGGACUGGGAGGAGAGGACGUUGCUCCUAGGCUGCGCGGCUCCGUACUGCAACCGACGGCCCCAACUUCCCCAUAGGACGUAGCAACCGCUAACCUUAUCGAGGAGAGAUAGGACCGAACAGAGGUGUGCAACCCAAUCCGUUGAAGAUGAGGAGCGCCGGUCGAUGUGGCGCAGGUCACGGCUGAUGCGCGG